ACAAUAACCCAAAACCACCCUAUUUAUUCCCCAUAUUCCCAUAUAUAUAGCACCCUACACAACCACACAUUCACACCCUUAACCAAAGCUUCUACUACACCACUUCUAUUUUUCCUCUUAAGCCCUUUACAAUGAACAACCUCAAAAAAUCACCAUGUUUUCCCUUUAUACCAAUCCUAUCCAUGAUUUUUGCACUGAUCUUUUUAGCUACACAUCUCAAUUAUUUCAUUCAAACACCAAAUUUCAAAUCAACAACACCACAAGAAGGGAAAAAACAUCUCCAUUUCCAAAACCAUAUCCAAUUAGUAGCACAUUCAAAAUGCAAAGGAACACUCUACCCUGAUCUCUGUGUCUCAACCUUAUCCACAUUCCCAAACCUUGAAACAAAAACAAUGCCACAAAUAAUCUCCAAAGUAGUCAACCACACAGUCCAUGAAGUCAAAUCUUCAUCCAACAACUGCACCACCAUAAUCAAGAAUCUCCAAAACACUCUCAACACCAUUGAGAAAAGAGCCUUAGAUGAUUGUCUCAAACUCUUUGAUGACACCAUAGUAGAACUCAACACCACCAUUCUUGAUCUCUCAAAAAACCCAUCAUCAUCAUCAUCUUCCAACCAAGAUUUGCAAACUCUACUAAGUGGGGCAAUGACAAAUUUGUACACUUGUCUUGAUGGUUUCUCACAAAGCAAAAAUGGGAAUGCUGUGAGAGGGUUGAUAGAGGAGAAAGUGAUUGAGAUAUCACAUCAUGUUAGUAACUCAUUGGCAAUGUUGAAGAAAGUGAAGACAAGUUUGAAGAAAGAAGAGGUGUUUGCUGAAUAUGGAACAAUGAAGAAAGGGUUCCCUUCAUGGGUUUCUGCUAAGGAUAGGAAGCUUCUAGAAGGUGGAAAUGUGAAUGAAACUAAGAUUGAUGUUGUUGUGGCUAAAGAUGGUUCUGGAAAGUUUACUACUAUUGGUGAAGCUGUAGUUAUGGCUCCUAUUCUCCUAAUUCCAGCACAACCAGGUAUAUAUUACAUUAUUAAAAUUAUGUUAUACUAAAUUUAAAGAAAAUCAUUCAUGCCUUUCACUCAUUGCAUUACAUUUUC